UUUUCUGCCUUUGAACAGAACAAAAUACGAAUUCCAUAAAAACAAAUAAUCCGCAUGGAAAUUACGGCUCACGAACGAGCGUACGCAUUCCCUUUAAGUGAUCACCGUACCUCCUUGAAGGUAUGAAAAAUGUAAUGAGCAGCAUAAUAAUCAAUGAACAAAAUUAAUAUUACACUACCACACACAAUUAUUUCUCUCUAUAUUCUAGACUCCAUGGAGUGCAUUUGUUUUGUUAGACUUUUGUUUAUAUGGUAACUAUAUGGGCACCAUUUAUCAAUUCUGAAUAUAACUAGCGUUGCGAUUGCUGUGAACGGUAUAUGUGUGUGUGUGGUACGGUAUAUUUUCGGAUUCGAAAUGGACUUGAAUAUAAUUGUGACGAACACUUGUUUGUGUGAAUUAAACAGCGUCUCGGUGUGUUCAAAUUGUGUGUGACUGCAUUGAAAGUGGCAUAUUCGAUAUUGUGUUUGUCCUCAUUUUAAAUCGAAAUAAAAAUGCAGCAUGUCAAUUAAUUACACAAUCAUACGAUCAACCAAUUAAACAUAUCCCAUAUCCGAUAUAUUCGAAGUUUGAAAAAGUAUUUCGAGAGUUUAGCUAUAGCGCGUCUUUUCAUGUGCGAUAUGAAUGUGUGAUAAUAGUAAAAAAAACCACCAAACAUUAGAUACAAUGCAAUGAAUGUAUUUCCCUCGAUUUGAUGUGUGGAUAAUCGAACCGAAAGUGAACGCUAUAAACGGAAGAAAACGGAAAAAGCGCAUGAAAAUGACGGCACACGUGUUGUUUUAUACAUCAAAUUGAAAUCAUAAGCCAUAUCGAUUGCCAUAGCAGUCGGUUUAAGUGAACAUUUGAACGUGGCAUUUACGUCGUUGACAUUGUCACAUAAAUGCUUUGGACCGUUUGUGUGACAAUUUUUCUGUCGGUUGUGCUUGCAGCCGUUGCUAGAUUCGUGUAACGAAAAAUGUCGUGGUUGUCGGAUAAUUUGUUUGGAAUAUCAAAAUCGAAAGAAACACCAACUGAGGGCAUGGCAUCACCAACUGUUAACACUUCAGUCCCAUCAACGGAUGAGAUUCAGAAUGGUACAAUCACCACCAGUCAAAAUGGCACUGCCAGCAAUGCGGUAACUAACGAAGACACUGGCGCAGAGUACGAAACCCGUGAAGUGGCUGCUGAAUGGCAUGUUCCUAUACGUGGCAAACUACACAAAAUUGAAUUUGAACAUGGCACAACAAGUGGACGACGAAUCCUUUGGAUAAACGAAAAGGAAAUUUUUCGUCGUGAUUGGAUGUUUAAAUUGGUUGGCGAUGACAUUUUUGAAUUGGAUGACCUGCGAUGUAUUCUUCGAGUUGAUCCAGCACCUGGAUUUAAGUACAAAUACUCAUUAUUCGUAGAUGGUAAACCGCUUGAUCAGUAUAAACAACGUCAAGCAAAAGGGUUGCGCAUUUGGGAAGCCACGAUUAAUGAAAUUCAAUACCGUGUCGUUUUAGAAAAAGACACAUUAAAUAUAUAUUUAAAUGGGACAGUGCGUGAAGAAGAGGGUGAAUUUACCGACAGUGGAACCGAGACCAAAUGGGAAGAAGAUGGCAAUGUCUUUAUUUUAAAUGCUCGAAACAGUGGAAAUAAGCAUGAUGGUCUGCUGCAUAAACUAACAAUUAACGGUGCCGAAAUUCAGGAAACAACCGAAUAAUACGAAUCUUUAAAAAGAUGCCAUUUCACUGGUAUUCUUACUCGCUUUAAUUAAGAAGAGAAAAUUCAAUUGUGUGCCUACAUUUUUGUGAAUAUUCAAUGUGAAACUUUUUUUCCAAGCUAAAUAUUCUUUGAA